AUGACAGAUCACUUAGACGUAGAAGAAUUAUCAACCUCACCAUCCAAUUCGUCAUCCAACUCAUCAUUUGUACCAAUUGACAAACAGGUGGUGUUCGAUGCCGUUCAAGUUAUUGAUGAGUCCAAGACUUUCAAUGAUCGGAUCAUUCAAUAUAUUGAGAAAACCUCACCUAUUGGAUCAAUUGGUAAUAAUUAUCAUAUUGUUUCGGUAUUUGGAUCCCAACUGACAGGAAAAUCAACAUUAUUGAACAAUUUAUUCAAUACAAAUUUCGAUGUUAUGGAUGAGAAUAGAAGACAACAAACAACUAAAGGGAUUUGGUUAGCUUAUUCCCCCAUGAUUAAUAGUAGUAAACCUUCUAUCAAAGAUAAGAAAGCAGAAAAUAUCUUUGUUAUGGAUGUUGAAGGAACUGAUGGUAGAGAGAGAGGUGAAGAUCAAGAUUUCGAGAGAAAAUCGGCAUUAUUCGCCAUUUCAACCAGUGAAAUCUUAAUCAUCAAUAUCUGGGAACAUCAGAUUGGUUUGUAUCAGGGUGCUAAUAUGGGAUUAUUAAAGACGGUUUUUGAAGUAAACUUGUCGUUAUUUGGUAAGACCAAAUUAUCAGGUAAUGAUGACCAUAAAGUGUUAUUAUUAUUUGUCAUUAGAGAUUACGUGGGAGUAACCCCAAUUGAAAAUUUAGCUGCUACCAUCAAACAAGAUUUGAAGAAGAUGUGGGAUGAUUUGAAUAAACCUAGUGAGUUAUCAGAUUUGAAGUUUGAUCAAUUCUUUGACUUAAAAUUCCAUACUUUGAGCCAUAAAAUCUUACAAUUAGAGAAAUUCCAAGGUGAUGUUAGACUUUUAGGUGAUAAAUUCGUUAACCCUGAUGAUUCUGAGUAUCUUUGGAAACCAAAUUAUCACCAUAAUAUCCCAAUUGAUGGUUGGACCAUGUAUGCUUCUAAUUGUUGGGAACAAAUUGACUCUAACAAAGACUUAGAUUUACCUACACAGCAAAUUUUAGUAGCUAAAUUCAAAUGUGAUGAGAUUUUGAACAAUCUUUUCUUGGAAUUCACCGCUAAGUAUAAUGAAUUGUUAUUGUCCAAGGCUGGAGAAGAUACUGAUUAUAAGGAAAUAGGGUUAUUGAUGAAGGAUUUGAAAGAUGAUUAUUUAGAUCAGUUUGAAAUUUCAGCUUCAAAGUAUAAUUCUUCAGUUUUCCAAAGUAAACAGAAAGUUUUUCAGGAUAAGAUCCUUGAUAAGUAUCAAGAAUUGUUCAAUGUUCAUAGUAAACGGAUCAUUAACACUAUUUUGAAACAAUUCAAGGAUAAAAUGGCAGAGAAAUCUGAUGAGAAAUUCGUCGAUAGAGUCGAUAUCUUGACUAAAUCAAGUAAGAAACAACUCUCAGAUAAUUUAACCAUGAUUUCUCUUGAUGAAAUCAAAUUUGAUACCCAUGAAUCUGAUUUACAUAAUGAAAUCAAUGAAAUAGUUGCCAAACAACAAGUUAUGGAAUUGAAUGGAAUUGUUUCCAAGUUAGUUAAGAAAUUAUCAUCUCAAUUGAAUAAGUUGAUAGUUUUCGAAAUCAAUGAUAUUGGUGAAACUACCUGGGAUUCUAUUUUAUCCGGAUUCAAGAAAAUCAUAGAUAACUUGUUAUCUGCAUAUUAUGACGAAACUACUAAGACUUACAAUUUCAAUUUGGGAAUCGAUGAAACCACCACCUCAGCAUCAAUUGAUCAAUUCAAAUUCAAAGCUUGGGUUAAAUUUUAUCAAUUGAUCCAGAAAAACUUAUCCAAAGAUAGUAUUUUGAACAUUUUGAAGGACAGGUUCGAUGAAAAGUUCAGAUACGAUGAAAAUGGUAUUCCAAAGUUGUACAAUAAUGAAAUGGAGUUGGAUAAAAACUUCAAUAAUGCUCGAUUAUUUGCUUUGAAAGUGAUUCCUCAGUUAUGUAUGAUCAAGUUAUCUGAUUCCACAGAAAUCAUUCCUGAUUACGACAUUUUCGAUAAAGAUUUGGUACAAAAAUAUGAUGAAAAUUAUAAUUUUGACGAUGAAGAAGACGAAGAUUCCAACAAAUUCUCUCAUAUUAUUAGUGAAGAACAGAAAACUGAUAUUUUGAACAAAUUUAAAAAGGAAAUCGAUGCCAAAUACAUCGAAACCAAAAGAUCGAUCAUUCAACACGUAACCUCCAUUCCUUAUUAUAUCUAUAUUAUUAUAGUGGUAUUAGGAUGGAAUGAAUUCUUAGCAGUGAUUAGAAGUCCUAUAUUCUUCACCUUAGUGUUGUUAUUUGGUGGUGUAGGAUAUGCCAUGUAUCAAUUAAAUCUCAUUAAACCAGCAAUGGUGGUAGGUCAAAGAAUGUUGGAUGAAACUAUCGUUAUCACCAAACAGAAAUUGAAAGAGUUCUUAAUCGAUGAUCAUGACUUGCACCAAAGGAAUUUCGAUAAAAUGAAAGAAACGGAAAACAUCGAACUUGAUGAUUUAAGUGAGAGUAAAGAUUAA